CGCUCAUUUCAACAGCACGAAGAAGAACAACACGUGAAAGCAGAGCUCGCGCACACUUAAUACACCUGAUAUUUAUAUUUUUGCUUUUAUAUAUCAUUGCAAAGACUGCGACAAUGAAACUGUUAACGCAUAACAUGUUGACGUCGCAUGUGAAAGGAGUGACUAAAGGAUAUCCACUGCUGAUUAAGGCGACAGAGGUCAAAGUGAACGAAGUCGAGUUCAACCCUCAGUUUGUGACCCGAAUGAUACCAAAGCUGGAGUGGAGUGCUUUAAUCCAUGCAGCUGAUGGGCUGGGAUACCUGCAGGACUUGCCCAGCACGCCUGCAGCAAACUAUGAGAACGAUGAAGACUUUUUACGCAAAGUUCACAGAGUCCUGUUGGAGGUGGAGGUGAUAGAGGGGGCUCUGCAGUGCCCUGAAUCUGGUCGAGAAUUCCCCAUCUCAAGAGGAGUCCCCAACAUGCUACUGAAUGAAGAUGAGUCGUAGGAAACAUCCCCACUCUUGUUUUAUUCAAAUAUAACAGACACACCAAAUUACAGUCAGGGAUUGCAGCAGAGUUCAAUAGAAUUGCAAUGAAUCAAGAUUUAAAAAUAAUAAUUGUUGUUCCCCUGAAAUACUUGCCAUCAUCCAAACCUGGCCCUUAAUUUAAAAAGUUAAUCUUAAUAGGGAUUUCCACAGGUCCUGGCCCUUCUUUUCUCAGCUCUUGUUUGUAUUGUGUUUACUAUGUUUUGUAAUAUACUUUGCAAUAAAACAUUUCUUUUUG